AUGCGGGGAACAGAAUCUAGCGAGAAGGCCACAGUUAUUAUCAAGGCAUCGAGUAAGGAGCUAGGCUACGGCGAGCUCGAAGAGGGCACAACCCGCCAACAACAUGAUGUGGACCUGGGAAUGACACUCGCAAACGAGUCUCUUGGCCUUGAAGUGGACGAACGUACCAACAAACUUCUCCUUCGCAAAGCAGAUCUCUAUAUUUGUACAAUGAUGAGCGUGGUAUACGCCGUCCAAUACAUGGAUAAACAAACAAAUUCUUACUCUUCGAUCAUGGGGCUAAGAGAGGAUUUGAAUAUGCAUGGGAAUCAAUACAGUUGGGUUGGUACCAGUUUCUACCUGGGAUACCUGGUUUUCGAAAUACCCAGUUCCCUGGCCCUUCAGCGCUUCCCAAUUGCGAAAACUAGUGGUGUUUUCAUCUUGCUCUGGGGAAUUGUACUGUGCCUGACAUGUCUGCCGAAGACUUACGCCGGAUUCAUCGUUACGAGAACGGUUUUAGGUGUGCUCGAGUCUGCAGUGACUCCUGCCUUCAUGUUGUUGACUGCGCAAUGGUACAAGCGAGAAGAACAACUUCUGAGGACAUCGAUUUGGAGUGCGUCGGCUGGUUUGGGGGCUAUCUUGGGUGCAUUGGUGGCUUAUGGUUUAUCCAUUCGUAAUCCUGAUUCGCUAUCCAUGGCUUCCUGGAGGUUACUGUAUGUGGUCCUUGGGGCUAUUACAAUUGCCUUAGGGAUUGGCUUUUUAAUUCACGUUCCUGACACACCCGCGUCUGCGUGGUUCUUGUCCAAACAGGAAAGACUCUUAACCGUGGAAAGAAUCCGGUCCAAUAGACAAGGCUUCGGUAACCGUCAUUUCAAAAGGAGUCAACUCCGAGAAGUGUUUUUGGAUAAACGCACAUAUCUGUAUUUUAUUGUGAUGGUGGCCGCGGAAAUACCAAAUGGUGGUAUCGGCAGUUUCGGUUCCAUCAUGCUCAAAGAUAUGGGCUAUUCCAGCAAACAGGCUCUUCUUAUGGGCACCCCUUUCGGCGCCGUAGAAUUCGGAGGAAUAGUUCUUGUUGGUUACAUUGCCCAAAAGUACCAGAGAAGAAUGUAUGCAGCGAUAUUCAGCUACUGUUUGAACAUCUUAUCUGGCUGUUUGUUGGCAUUUCCCUCGAAUGUGCACGCUCAAUUGGCGGGCUACUAUUUGCAAGGCAUGGCGGUGAUCGGAUGGAUCUGCUUCAUCAGUUGUGUUUCGUCUAAUACAGCCGGGCAUACCAAGAAAGUGAUUACUGGCGCAAUCUGCAUGAUCGGCUACUGUGUGGGGAACCUCAUUGGGCCUCAAACGUUCGUCGCGACUGAGGCGCCGCAUUACAAAAGCGCUAAGAUUGCCAUUGUGGUGUGCUUUGUCACCUGCUUGAUCGUCACUCUAGCGCUAUUCUACAUCAACGUAGCUGAAAACAAACGUCGCGAUGAGAGAAACGAGGUCCUAGACCCCUCUUUCAUCAACUCGGAGUUUGCCGACCUGACGGAUUUCGAGAAUCCAGAGUUCAGAUACAGUUUAUAA